AUGGAAAGCCAACCUUCGUCGACCUUGGCGGUGACGGUAAGUUCACAGCGUUGAGGUCUAUUUGACUUAACGGGGCUCCGAUUGGCGGCAGUACAAGACCUGUCGAAACGGCGGUAUGGCUGUACGCGAUUCUCUCACGGGCCUGGUUACUUCAUAUUACAAUAUAGUGUACCGUGCGAAACUUCCAUCACUUUCGCACACGGUCCUGCGGCCCGGCCAAAAUCUAUAUAGGCGACCCACGACACACUGUCCAUUGUCAAUUCAUUCGGAGCAAUGGUCUCGUCCAUAGUAAACGUCCUGCAGGUAAUUGCUUACUUUACUUACUUACACUUAUAAUAAGUCUUGCUUACUAACCGAUUGUACUGUAAAAAAAAAAAAAAAAAAAACCAAGUCCAUGACAAAAUAUCCGGAAUCGAUAUAAAAUACGCUUACACGUCACCUGUGUUCGCAGGUACUAUUCUGGUCAUGGGCGUUGGUCGGCGUGGCGACGAUCGCGUCCGCCGCUCAAGAUCCCGGCGAGAAGCCGACCGCGGUCACCGAAUCCGGCGAAGUGACGACGCCCGCGGCCGUGGACAGUGCCGGCGGCGGUAACGACGCGAAACAGAACGUGACCAUCCUGAAGCAGAUCAACAAAGUCAACGACGACGGUUCGUAUACGUUCGGCUACGAAGCUUCGGACGGCAGUUUUAAAUUGGAGACCCGCGACGUGGCGGGCAACGUGAAAGGUAUGUUUGGUUUCGUGGACGAGGCGGGCCGGCUCAAGCGGGUGUCAUAUUCGGCCAACAAUUCGUCGUCUGCUAGUAACCGGGCAACCGGGACAACCACCUCGUCGCCGUCCAUCGUAUACACGGUUCCUAUCCGGACUAACAAUAAGGGCGACGAUGACGAACCCGGUGGCAAAUCAUUGACUGCGGGCGUUAAAAAAGUGUUGGUGUCCAAGAGACUGGUCGCGGCACAGUCGCUGGAACAAGAAGUACAGGACAAGGGUCGCGAAGGCAAUGACCUACGCAGGCAGUUAUCGCGAAACGACGAUGACGGGGAUUCUCCUGACGUGUACGGGAUCCACGGUGGGUCGGGUAUGGAUUCGGCGACGGGGCCCGUGUCGCCCGUUGUGUCGGCCCUCAUGGCAGAGUUGAGCCCGAUCAGAGUCUACAGGCCCGUGACGCUACCGCCAUCACCUCUAACACCAUCGUCACAGAAACCGCAGCAACAAUCACUACAGCCAUCGACGACGCUGCCCGCCGAGCUCGACCGACAGUACAAAAUCAGCAGCAGACAAGCCCAGGAUGACGAAGAACCGCCGCAAUACCGCCAGCGAGUCGCUCCGGUACGAUACCGUCAACCGGCACCAGCCACUGAAAUGUACCAGCAACCCGAAUACCAGCAGCCCACGUACCAACCGUCGUCCGCGUAUCAACCAUCACCCACGUACCCGGUACAGUUACCUGCACCGCUGUACCAGCAACAACAACAGCCGAUACCGAUACCGGUAUACGGCCCCAAUAUAGUAGCUCUACGAGAUGAACUCAUGGAACUCAUACUGUCAUUCAUCCAAACGCGCGUCUCGCAACUGAUAACCGUCGCGUCUUACAGCCGUCAACUACCACCAACCGCGCCGUACCCGAUGCCUUACCAACAGCCAAACUAUUAUGUGCCGAGCUAUUAUCAAGGUCCUCGAAUACCUGUGUCACCCGCACAACCCUCGGGAUUGGGCGUUCGGCAAAUCGUCAGUCAACAGGGUUACGCAACCGGAGCGGUCACCGACGCGGCCCCAGUUCAACAGUCCUCACCAAAGAUCACACAAACGCUCAAGGACGGUUUGAUCCGAAUGUUGUUGUCCACGAGCCCGCGGUACGAACCAGAGUAUGCGGCAGGAGAGCAGUCAACGCUGUCCAGGCUGACGUACCGAAGAACCACACAGUCGACGCCAGUCAGGAGCGUGCAGAUUAUUGGAAACGACGACUCGCCGGAUGGCAGUAGUAGACCGGUGACGACCGAGAGUCCCGACUAGUUUACGUCCCCGAGACGAAAAAUUACUAUUAUUAUUAUACCCCUGUGUUUGUUUUUUUUUAUGAUUGAAAUAAAAUCACAUUGAAAUUUUGUA